AUGGAACGCUUGAAAGAGGCCCCCGGGACUGUCCGCACGUCUUCAUUCAGCAUCAAGAGUCUCUUGCAAGAGGGGGCGGGGAGUGGCUGCGGAGCCCCUGACAGCGGGGCGCACGGCGAUACUUCCAGGGCACUGGAGACCCAGCGCACAGGCAGCCCUCAAGCGGGGGGUGUCGAGAGGGACAAUAUUAAUAACAGCAAUAAUAAAAUUAAUAAUGAGGAUGAAGAGGAAGAGCGAGGAGGAGACGAGAAGACCAAAGGGUUGGACCAGGACAGAGCGGGAGAGAAGGCAGCCAAGUGUGACAAACCCCCGUUCAGCUAUAACGCGCUGAUCAUGAUGGCGAUACGCCAGAGCCCGGAGAAGCGCCUGACUCUCAACGGCAUCUACCAGUUCAUCGUGCAGAAUUUCCCCUACUACAAGGAGAACAAGCAGGGCUGGCAGAACUCCAUCCGCCACAACCUCAGUCUCAACAAGUGCUUCCUCAAGGUGCCGCGCCACUACGACGAUCCUGGGAAGGGCAACUACUGGAUGCUGGACCCCUCCAGCGACGACGUUUUCAUCGGCGGCACCACUGGAAAACUCCGCCGGCGCUCAACCUCCUCCUCCCGAGCCAAGCUCGCUUUCAAGCAGGGGAACAGGCUGUCGUCCUCCGCUGCUGCUGCCGCCGCUGGCCUGGCCUUCGCGGGGUCCCUUUACUGGCCGGUCCCGCCUUUCCUGUCCGUUCAGCAGCCUCACCCUCACCACCACCCCGGCUCCACUCUCGGAUACAGCUCGUCCUACUUCGGACACCCGAGCUCCUACGCCACCUCGAUUCUGUCCCAGACUUCACACCAGCUUAGCGCCACAGCCGCCGGGGUGGACCGGCUACUGCAAGGCGCGGCCGAGUCUUCUUAUACGGGUACCGCUGGGGGGAGCCACCACCGUCACCAGGUCGCCGCCGCCGCCUCGUUCGCCGCGUCCUCGCUGCCUUGCGGUCUGUCGCUGCCCACCUCCAUGACCCCGUGUUCGUUCAACCUCCUGGCGGCCGGGCAGGCCAGUUAUUUCUUCUCUCACCACGUCCCACACCACCCAGCCGUGCAGGGGACACAGCCCCCGCCUGCCCCUCUCCAGUCCUCGCCUCCGAAGGGCUCCCCGGUGGAACAGCACCUGCAUUGCUGGAGCGGGUCGAGCACAGCCGGUGACUUCCCGGGUUGCUUCACACAAAAUCACCAGACCAGCUCGAUAAACUCGCUUUUGCACUGA